AUGGAGCACACCAGAACCCAGACCAACACGCCGCCCACUGAAGCAGUGGCGCUGCACCAAGAGCCUCGUAAGGGGUCUAGAGGCCCCUCGGAGCCCAAGACUAGUAGCGGCAGCCAGGCGGGGCCUGCGGCCACUGCGCCAGUGUGCCCCGGCCGCGAGGCUACAAAGCCGCUAGAAUGUGACUACCUGGGGGACGUUCGGACCUCCCCGGACCACGGCUCUAUCACCCCGUCCCAACAGACUGAACUGGACGAUUUGAGUUCGCAGCGCUCGGGCGACGAGUCUACGCUCUCUACACAACAACUCCAGUUGCAAGGUACGCAGCACCAGGGUCCUUCAGACCAUAGUAUGCAGGUCCCGCUCCGAGACGUGCAGUCUCGGCCACCGCACCUCAAACAUUCGCUUGCCUCCCAGGGUUUUCUUCAACGCGCCAACGAUGUUAUUUUCAAACCCUUUGAUAAGGAAACAGGGAGCUUUAUGGCGCAGCCUGGUGACCUAUCUGCAAACGCCACUGCAGAGUCGGUAACGGCAGUGGGCCCUGCAUCGCAGAAAGACAGCAACGAUAACAAUAAUGAGAGCCACCCCACCGCGGCUGUUUGCACGGACAUCAACUUUACGCAGCUUGCGUCUUUCAAAGCCGCUGCCUCAAAGAACAACAAGUUUCGUUCUCACUCAGUUCCUUCCAUCCUGCACUCCUCGCUCCGAAGCAUAGGCAUUUCUACGAACUGUGGUUCCUUCACAUCCCAGCAACAACAACAACAACAGCAACAACAGCAACAACAGCAGCAACAGCAACAACAACAACCCACGAUGCAUAUGAACCGGGGCAUCAAGAAAAAAAAGCCAAGCAAGCAUUCCGCAUCGCUACGUCACGCACUUUUAAUGAACCAAAGGAUCCAGUUUUCUAGUAAUGAAAUGACCCUUCAGGACCGUAUCAAGUACAUGGAGUCCUAUCCAGGCCCUAUGCCGCUACCACCCAUCAAUUUGCAAUGCUUGAAAGAAAUUGACCUUCAGGAGAUUGUUAAGAACCCUCAGUUAAGACACGACAUAAUAUUUGAUCCUUUGCUCCAGUUCAGACCCAAUUUGGAUGGUGAAAGAGGGCUAAAGAAGAAACAAAUCUCCGACAAAUACUGGUACGAUGUGGAGAACGAAAUUUUUGUCUACAGUGCAAAGCCGGACGCCUUUCGCUUUGACCAGACCAGGCUUGUUCCUUUAUUCAACAGUUUGAAAGAGGUGUUGAUAACAAUUGUUCCUCAAAAGGAGGUGCACACAGUACAAAAUGUUUUGGAUACUGAGCUUUUAGUGCAAGAGCUUCUGAGAGGAUCUCUCAUGAUGACGAGUUUUGCUGACUGGCUAGCUCAGCUCUUCAAACAUCACUGCGCUCCUAUGAGAGAUCCGUGGGUUGACAAGAUGAGCCUAAAAUUCAAAGAAUCCGAGGACGAAAAGUCUAUACCGAAGCUUGUCGAAGGGCUCAGGUUAGUUUUUCAGAUUUUGGAGGCAAUGAAGCUUGAUAUAGCCAACCACCAGAUUAGGAUCUUGCGGCCUGCCUUACUCAGCAACGCCGUUGAGUUUGAAAAACAAUACUUUCAGUCACUGAUGUCAUCUAACCGAGUAGACCUAAAGUCAUCGUUCAAGUGGUUCAGUGAUAAAUGCGUUGAGUACCACAAAUCCUCAACGUCUCCAAGCAGCCGUUUAAAGGCUUCCGAGGUUUAUCGGCUCUGCAUUAGGGGCAUUAUCAGCCUUUUGUCGUGUCGUAAAAUGGUACGUGAAUACCCAACUUCCCUUUCGUUUGACCACGCGAGACUAAUCCUGCUAAGGGCGGAUAUAAGGCAGAUAGUGUGCCUUCUCGUUUGCCGGCUGCUAUUUAAGCAACUAGUAGCUAAUGACACUUCGAUGGACAAAUUGACCAAAGACCAUAUAACGAACUCUUACACUAACAAGAAGCUCAAAGAAGAAAUCGUGAGCAUUAUAACUGAUGAGCAUGGGAAUUGCAGAUGGACAAAAAAUACUAUGUCAAUCGCAAUUCACCUUUGCAAGACUAUCCAGGAUCUGAGACAAGACUUUUUAUUGCAAAGAAAUCUCGGAGACGUAACUCUUGCUCACUCCAAAAGCGGCAACUCAGCAACAACGCAAGCGCCUCAGCUUGAUAAUGCUCAAAUUGAUUUUGCAAAGUCGUGGCUUUCAAAACAAACCCAGCCUCUGAGUGAAGUUUAUGGCGUGCUAGAAGCUCGUGUAUUCAAGCAGCUUGAAAACAGCAUUUUCAAUAAGUCAGGCUGCACUCAGGAUGGCAGCAUAAAACAAGAUUUUAUUCACCUUUGUAGCACUAUGACUUCCAAUGGUUCCAGCUCCGCCAACGUUCCUUCAGUAUCGAAUAGCAGUGCCAGCAUAAGAUCUUUGAAUUCUUCCCUACCUGUAAAGGAAGCUUUGGGUGUUGAGAGGCGUCCGGGGACUCCCCAGCAGUCCACCGGGCUGGCUUCUGUGGAUUUGGAGGAGUUUGAAAGCCUAUUUUGUCAUUUGUAUACCCUGGUGAACUUUCAUUGGUCGGUUUUUGGGUGUCUCUACAUGGAUUUUUUGGGAGACAAAAUGGAAGAGGUCCACUGA